AUGGCCGAGAAAUACCAGCAGUUGAUCAAGCUCAUUCUUGUGGGGGAUAGCGGUACUGGAAAGUCUUCACUACUUCACAGGUUUGUAGAGGAUGAUUUCUCAGAACAUCAAGCCCAAACAAUUGGUGUUGAAUUUGGCUCUAAAAUUGUCCAGCUUGCAGGCCGCAAAGUGAAAUUACAAAUAUGGGACACUGCAGGGCAGGAAAGAUACAAGUCUGUCACAAGAAGCUACUAUAGGGGUGCAGUAGGAUGCCUAAUUGUUUAUGAUAUUACUCAACGUUCAACAUACGAGAGCGUGCCUCAAUGGCUAAAUGAUGUUCGACAACUUGCAGGAAAGGAUGUUGUUGUCAUGCUUAUAGGCAACAAAAGCGAUCUCUCUGAUGGUCGCACCGUACAGCAUAACGAGGCCUCAUUGUAUGCCCUCGAAAACGGACUUUUUCACUUUGAAACCUCUGCUGCUUCUGGGGAGCUUGUAACUGAGGCUUUUUUGAAGGUUGCCAAGACGGGAUUGAGCAUGACUGCAGAGGAUGUUAAUACAGGAGAGGAUAGGUUGCUGGAGUUGCCAACAGAGCGAAACCCGGGGGGCGUUUAUUCGUGUUUUUGCUAA